AUGGCGGAAACUUCCAAGCUCCCCGAAACAUUCUACAGCACGAACAAGAUCGACUUCUCCAAGCCGAUCGACACAAGCAAUCUCAAAGAAAAGUCUACCAUCGUGACUGGGGGAGCAAGUGGUAUUGGCGCUGGUGUCGUGACUGCAUUCGCUGAAGCUGGGGCAUAUGUCACGAUCCUUGAUCGAAACGAGGAGCUUGGAAACGCACUCGUAGAGAAACUCACAGCGAAGGGCCUACAUGUCCAAUUCACCAAAGUCGACAUAGCCUCCUUUUCCUCCCAGACCACCGGCUUCAAAUCCGCCAUCUCCUUCUCCCCCCACAAAACCCUCGACAUCGUCGUCACCAGCGCCGGCAUAUCCACAUCCACAACCUCCACCAAAUGGCUCGCUUCCAACGCCGACAACGACGACCCGGAACCCCCAAGCACAGCAACCCUCGACGUGAACCUCACCGGCAGUUUCUACUCCGCGCACCUCGCCCUCCACUACUUCAAGAAAACGACACCCGAAGCCGCACCAGAAGGAGACGCAACCCCGCAGAGCAAACAAAUCAUCUUCAUCAGCAGCCUCGCGGGCUACCUCCCCGCGCGCGACGCACUCGACUACCAAGCCUCCAAGUUCGGCGUCCGGGGCCUCUGGAAAUCAGUCCGGCAUUCGCAUGACAUCGUGUCCGAGCACACGCCAUUCAGGACCAACCUCAUCGCGCCCACGUUCAUCAACUCCCCGCUGAUCGAGCGCAUCGUGCCCGGUCUAAAGGCGAAGGGACAGGGCGUAGGCGAGGUGGAUGAUGUGGUGGGUGGGAUUCUGAGGGUGGCGUGUGAUGAGGCGAUUUAUGGGAGGGCGGUUGCGAUCCCGGUGAGGAGGGAGGUGGCCGGGGAUAGGAAUUUCGAUCUUGGGGAUGAUUGGGAGGGGAGGGAUGCUGGGCCGGGGCUCGUGGAGGGGAUUGUGAAUGGUGGGUUGGAGGGGUUGCAGUUGCUUUCGCAUUCGAGUGCUGAGGGGAGGCUUAAGGGUGUUGGGACGAGGGGUUGA